AAUGAAGAGAGAGGUGAGAGAUAUAAGAGCAAUGUCGAGUGAGGGAAAUUUUUUUGGCAAGUGAUAGGAGAACCUUUCUGGUUUGGAGAGAGAGAGAGGCAAUAGGGCUGCUGAGCAAAGACCAGAAACUCCUGGACUAAUAAAAUGCCUGAUGAAAAGUUAAGUCCUAAAAGAGGCAAUGACGAGCGUGGAAGAAGAAAUCAUCCUCCUUGGAUGGCUUCUAAAAAGGAUGCUGGUCAUGAGGAAGAUAAUAAAAGAAUGAAGUCUAAGAAAGUUCAGGACCAUAACAGAGCGAAUAAUAGCAAUACCCUUUCUGAAGAAAAUGCCCGAGAUGAAGUAGCUCAAAGAUUGUUGCAGAGGGGUCAUGGAAAUUCAUCAGAAACUUCAGGUUUAAUGGAGAAUUCUGUUGAAAAGACUGAUCUCCAAUCUAGAAUGGGUACCAUGCAGUUUUCUAAACUUCUGGAAGGAGUGGUCUUUGCAUUAUCUGGGUUUGUUAAUCCUGAACGUGGUUUAUUGCGGUCGCAUGCAAUGGAGAUGGGGGCAGAAUAUCGAUCUGAUUGGAGUCCAGAUUGCACUCUCCUUGUUUGUGCAUUCCCCAACACCCCUAAAUUUAAACAAGUUGUGACUGAUUGUGGAACCAUUGUUUCAAAGGAAUGGAUUUCAGAGUGCUAUAAGCAGAAAAAACUGGUUGAGAUAGAUUGUUUCCUGAUGCAUGCUGGAAAGCCUUGGCGAAAACUCAAAAACUCAAGCCUCCAGGUUUCUCCAGAUCAAGAAAAUGCAUUGUGUGGAAAGCGUCCCAAGGCAGUUCAUGGAGUGCCACCCCCAAGUUCUAGUGGUUCUAGUGUGUUUAAGGAAAAAGCGUCUGAAUCCCAUAAAUUGCCCUUUUCUUCAUCUAAAGUCCAAGAAUGGGCUUCUCUUGAUUUCAACAGUACUAUAUCAUGGCUGCAGAGUCAAGAAGAGAAACCCGAGCCCAGAGAACUGAAGAGAAUUGCAGCUGAAGGGAUCUUAACUUGCCUGGAAGAUGCCAUCGAUGCUCUCAAGGAUAAAACAGAUGUUGCUCGUGUGAUUGAGAGGUGGAGCUCUGUCCCUCUGGUGGUAAAAGAAUUGGCAAAACUCGAGAGCAAGAAAAUUGGCACCAAUGCGCUUUCGAGGGAAGAGAUUCUAGAACAGGCUGUUGUUUGCAAAAGCAUCUAUGAAAAAGAGCUGCACCAUCUUGAAAUGCUUCCUAUGUCUGAUGAAAAGCACGAGGAUGAUGAUGAGAAAACAGAAUUAAUGACCGAUGAUGGAGGGGCUGAUAGUGACGAAACAAUUGAAAUGCCCGAAGAUGAAGUGGAUCAAGCUCUCAAAGAUAUAGUCUCUAGACAAUGAAAGUUAACUAUGAAUAAUAAACAUGUAUGUGCUGGUCUAUAGUUUGUGUGAUUAUAUGAGAUUUAGUGAGUUGCCCUUCAAAUGAUGGAAUUCCAUAAUUUCUUAACCCAAUUUUUCAAUGUGUCCUUUGAGUCAAAUUUGAAGGGCAUUUCUGCUCUUUUUGCCCUUUCUUUCUCUUUA